AUGGCUGAGGGUGCAAUUGGACGACGAAUGCUUGCCGAAACCGAGGAGACAAGCCUUGAUGAGAUCUUGUCAAUUUUCCGCGCAAGCCUUAAUUCGACGUCACUCAACCAAGCUGGUUCUUCUGCGGCGGGAAUACCAGCGGCAACAGGCGUUCAUGUCAGUGCACAAGGCCCAUCUAGCUCCAAGGUCAAGAGUUACCCUAUCCAGGAUCUCGACAGGCUGGUCGCCCAGCAUUUCAGGGCGACCCAGUCCGGUCCUCUGUCCCUGUCCGGGAGACACUUGCCUCUGAUAUAUCUACUGGUCGCUACUCUCAUCGCACCACCUUACAACAAAGCCGUCGUUAUCAUCGACAUCGACGCCAGAUUCGACAUCACGCGGGUUACACAAUGCGCUCCUCACCAGGCCGGCCCGGUCCCCGAUGGAUCAAAUGCCGCUGAAGACCACAGCGACACAUUGGGCCAACAUAAGAACGCGGAUCAGGCAGCUGAAGGCCGCACAGAAGGUCAAGCCACGGUGGCACCUGCCCGGCAAGUCACAGCAGAGGAUCUCAAGCAUGUUCACGUAUACCGCCCAGCUCGCGGCUCACCUGCUCACAUUCGCGAGGUCUUAUCCUCUGCCGAACACCAUAUGUUAUACUCCAGACACGCCUCCAUCGCCCGCGAGUGGUGGGGAGUCAUCAUCAUCGGCGGUGGCAGUCCCACGGCUCUCGGUUCCGAAAUGGCCAAUGUAACCACAGGCUGGAGGGGAUGGUUACGUGUCGAUCGCGAGGAUAUCCGGGGUUUUGGCAUGGGAAUGAGCAUUGAGGAAGCCUUGCUGGACCGAGACAGGCGCCAGCGCGCUGUCCACGAAGCCGGGUGGACGGCAAGCUGCGCCUGGGGAGGAUUUACUUUCGACGGAUGA